AUGACGCUCAAAGAUCUACUCAGGAAGAAAGACAAGAUUGAAGAUUGUCCCGCAUCUCUAGACGACGAAUCGCCCGAGAUAAAACCAGACUUUACCUUUGUCCGCUCAGACACCAAUACCCAUGAAGUGAUCUCUCCCCCUACAUUCCAAGAAAACUCUCCCCCAAAAGAUGAGGGCAACCGCCUAUCAAGGCAUUUUGCGCGCCUUCGUACCUCUUCCAAUGCUUCGCAUUCAUCGCGCCCCUCAAGUAGAGAGAAAGACUCUCGUCCUUCGAGUAGGGAUAAAGACUCGCGGCGACUCUCCCAGCGACUCAGCCUCAGUUCCCACUCUCGUCAUUCAAGCCGUGGCUCUGUGAAUGUUCCAACAGACCUGCCAGAGAUUCAGAACGUGGCUGUUCGAAGUGAAGAUAAUCAAGCAGCAUGGGAAGAAAGAGCAACGAUUCUUGCGAAGGAGAACCCCAACAAGAACCGUCCACUCUCCCAAGAUACCACCGCUUUCGGCCAUCCUCGUUCUCACCCUCCUACACCUAAGCUUCAGCAAGACCCUAACUUUCAUCCUGAUCAUCUAGGCGACAAAGCUCCACGAGGUCGAACGAUCUCAGACGCCAAGUCUGACGAUGACCUGCAAGAGGCAAUACGGCUUCACGAAGCUGGAAAUCUCGAAGCAUCUACAGCCAUGUUUGGGCGUUUGGCGGGCAACAAUGCAAUGGCACAGAUUCUGUACGGGCUGGCACUACGACAUGGCUGGGGCACAGAAGCGGACCCAGGCCUUGGUAUAACGUAUCUAUCUAAAGCGGCUUCCAAUUCUGCGAGCGUGGAGGCUGAGGCGCUGCAUAAAGGCGUCAAGAAGGGAGGCGCGGCGAAAGGCGAACUUGUGCUUGCGAUUUAUGAACUUGCGAAUAGCUUCAGGCAUGGGUGGGGAAUCGCAAAGGAUCCUGUGGCGGCGAAGAAGUAUUACGAGGUCGCAGCCAACCUAGGCGAUACUGAUGCUAUGAACGAGGUCGGUCGGUGCUACGAGGAGGGAUACGGAGGAAAAAAGGAUAGAGUGAGUCUGCCCUCAUUGCCAUCUGCUUGCGCCUUUUGUUCUACCAGCAUGAAAGCCAGUCUUCCCUCAUCAAACUUCGAACUGCAAGACCUCCAGGGCGAAUCUUUGUCAGAUCGUCUAGUCCAAAGCAGCAGUCACACCGUCUUUGAGCCGACUCCCAGGCGAGCUGGUCGUUUCCUCGUUGUUCCGUAA